CACAGUCACCGUAAAGGCGUCUAACAAUGUAGGCAUGGCAGUAUAAAUCCCAGCUAUUAGAAGAGGGUUGCAAAAUUAACGAACACACAGAGAUGAUAUAGACAGGACGAGCGCUCGCACUAUCUGUCCUAUACUUCAUCUGUGUGGUAUAUGCACUCUCCCUUCUAAUAACUGCGCUUCACGAACUAGAACAACAAGAAGUGUUUUGCUAGUAUAAAUCACUAUUGCGAAAAAUACACCAUCAGGUACGCUUCAGUGAAGUCUUUCAGUGCUCUUUGGCCCGAACGAUGCAGGCCCCCAUCAGCGAGUGCACGGCCUAUGGAGUACCCGGACGUUGUGCAUCUGGCAGCGGCACUCGCCUUGGCGGCGUUCGCCGUAUGGGCUGUCGUGAGGCGCCGCAAGCAGGGUCUACUCAAACGAUACGGCAUUCCUGGACCGGAACCGGAACUCUUUUUCGGAAACUGGCAGGAAUUCAAGAGAGAUCGCAUUAAGGUCAUGAAGGAGUGGGCACGCCUCUAUGGCAAGGUCUACGGAUUUUACGAGGGCGAGACUCCCAAGGUGGUCAUCAGCGACAUGGACGUCAUCAAGGAAUGCUUUGUCAAGAAAGCUAGCUUGUUCACUGACCGGCCGCCACUGGUUGUCGAUAUUGAGCCCAUACGGAGUAGCCUCAUAGGCCUCAAAGGAGAUGAAUGGAAGAGCGUCCGCGGCAUGCUGAACCCAAGUUUCACGUCAGCAAAGAUAAAGCGCAUGCUCGACACCAUCCACCAGUGUUCUGACGUCACCACAGACACGCUGCGUGAAUGCCUGUCGACUGAUGGACACGCCAUCGUCAACAUUUCGGCGUUCUCCCAGGGCCUUUCUUUGGACAUCAUCACCAAGUGUGCCCUCGGCUGGCAGUCAGACUGCCAACGGAACAAAGACGACCCUGUCAUCAAGACAAUUGCAAAGAUCCUCACUGACUCUGGCAACUGGAUCAACGACGUGUGCAUCGUGGCCCCUUUUCUUGGAAUCGUCGUGUCGUAUAUUUUUCCUUUACUUAGCUACGGAAAGCUGUUUGCUCGCAUCGAGGAAGACCUUCAACGACUGCUUCAGUCGCGCAAGAGGACGACAGCCGCCGCGUCUGACAUCGUUCAGCUCAUGCUUGAAGUGCAGAAAAACAGCUCGGCUGUUGACAAAGAAGACAAUGAGCCAUGUUCAAGUACACCGCGCAAUGCCAGGCUGAAGCCCAGUUUCAUCACAGACAGGCACGUCGUGUCGAACUGCUUCGUCUUCCUAGGGGCCGGAUUCGACACCACGGCGAGUACGCUGGCGUUUCUUCUGUACGAACUGGCGAGGCACCCUGAUGAACAGCGCCGACUCUACGAGGACCUGGUGGCCGCGUUUCCUGACCAUGAAAGACCCACGUACGAAGAACUACAAACGCUGAAGCGCUUCGAUGCGGUCAUCAGCGAGUGCCUGCGGUUGCACCCGCCUCUGGUGUUGACCACAGCCCGUGUGUGUCAAGUGGACACUCGUGUGGCGACGGGCCACGUGAUACCGCGUGGCUCACACGUCAUCCUGCCGACGUGGAACGUCCUCCACGACUCGAACCUGUGGGUCGACCCGUACAAGUUUGAUCCGGACCGCUUCAUUGAUAGACCUGAUGGUGGAGCUGUCUUAGCAUCGGCACUCUCCUUUGGUAUUGGGCCACGAGAGUGCAUUGGGAAGCGUCUGGCGCUGCUCGAGCUUAAAGUCGCCUUGUCCAAGCUUAUUAGGAAGUUCAAGUUUAGCGUGUGCAGUGAGACGCACGUGCCCUUGAAGGUCAAGGUUCCCUUAGUGAGCCUUAUGCCGGAGCACGAUAUUGUGCUUCGCAUUGACUUACGGACGUGAGCAAAAAUAAGUCAGAGAGUAAAAUAUAAAAACCAAUUUCCUCCUGUGAACGACCUGAACUCCCUUUCGCUAAAAGUGACAACCCGCAAUCAGAAUUGCCAUAAAAGUUGCUCUGUUAGAAAUUCCAAUGGGCUUGCAUCACCAAGUUGUAAUUCCGUUUAAAGCCGAACUACAUCAUAUUUAAAUUCUCACUGUCAGAGAUAUGAGGCGCCUUAUUGAGCUUUCAUCUUUCGUUAGCCAUUCUAUGAACAUCUGUGUUGCUACAAUUAA